AUGUGGAUGGUCAGUGCCUUUGUCCCUUACCCAUCUCCAGCUCUCUAUCUAUUCCUAAAAUAAACAGUGCCAUCUUCAAGAGCCUUUUUUCUCUGUUAAUAAAGGCCUACACCCUUCUCUACUUUACCCGGCCUUGCUCAACCUAGGAAGGCUGCCAAGAAUCAAAUCAAUUGUGGGACUGAGGAGAGGAACAUAAAGAGAUACUUGCUUUCUCUUGAGCAUCUCCAAAGGGCCAAGGGGCUAGGAGAGAAAGGAAGAAGGCCAGUUGUUCACACACAUAGAUUCUCUCUCUUUCUGCCCCAAACUAUCUAUACCUUGGAAAUCCAAUCUGGGAAUCAGCACCUUCUUCCCGCCCACCUGCUCCCCACACCCCUGCAUAGGAGGAGGAUUUUCUUUGGGCAAACCUUUCUGGGAGGGGAGGUGGCAAAACCUGUUUGAAGAUGAGUUUACUUCCCUCUACCUCCUCCUUUGGAGUCACUGAGACAGCAACACAGAGGGAAGAGGCAAUAGGGGAUGGGGAACUUCUCCCGUUCCUCAUCUUGGAUGUGACGAUGGGAACAUUAGAGGAACCAAGAGAUCUGGGGGCUGGAGAGAAAGUGGAAGAGCUGGGACCAUCGCUGAGAUUUGGGGAAGUGGAGUUGGAAGAAGAGUGGCAAGAUGAAGAGUUCCCCCGACUGCUCCCUGAGGAGAUCAAUUCCUCUGAAGAUCCAGAGGACAAUGGAGAGGGCACCCAGAUAAGUCCCUUAAGCACAUUAGCACUAUGUGGUAGGCGUCAUAUGCGGAAGCGCCUUUCAGCCCCAGAACUCCAGCUGAGCUUGGGGAAAGACUCAGGAGAUAAAGAAGUCUCUCCCAGCCACUCCACACCUUCUUCACCACAUGAUAGCUCUGACCUAGAUGUGGAUGAUUUGGAGACACCCUCAGACUCCAGCGGGCACGAAUUUGAGUGGGAAGAUGAGCUUCCCCAAGCAGAGGGCCUGGGGGCAAGUGAAGCAGUUGAAAGACUGGGCCAGGGUUGUGUGUGGGAUAUGGCUGGGGAAGAUGGCCAUCGUGUGAAGGUGUUCCGAACAGGACAUCAGGAGCUUCGCGUAGAUAUGACAAUCAUUGAACCCUAUAAGAAGGUCCUGUCUCAUGGAGGUUACCAUGGUGAUGGCCUCAAUGCUGUUAUCCUUUUUGCUUCCUGCUACUUACCUAGAAGCAACAUCCCUAACUACAGUUAUGUCAUGGAGCACCUCUUUAGGUACAUAGUGGGGACUCUAGAACUACUUGUUGCUGAGAAUUAUCUGCUUGUCCAUCUGAGUGGAGGAACCAGCCGAGAUCAGGUACCCACUCUGAGCUGGAUCCGCCAAUGUUACCGUACCCUGGACCGACGACUCCGAAAAAACCUUCGAGCUCUGGUAGUUGUGCACGCCACCUGGUAUGUGAAGGCACUUCUGGUGAUGCUCCGGCCUUUUAUCAGUUCCAAGUUUAGCAGAAAAGUUCGUUUUCUGGACAGUCUAGGAGAGCUGGCCCAGCUCAUCUCCUUGGAACAUAUCCACAUCCCUGAUGCCGUCAGACAGCUGGACAAGGAUCUGCAUGGCUCCAGAGGAACCUAACACAUACCUGCAUUGGAUAAUGGGCCCUCAAACUGAAGGAAGAGACUGCCCUCAAGCUCCUGAAUUUAUUUACUCUCGCCUUUAUAUACUCUCCAAUUUAUAUACUCUCCCUCUCUGUCUCUGUGUCUCUGUUUUCACUCUCUUCCCUAACCCAUCCAUCCAUUUUGGAUUUUGCUUUCCAACUCUUCCAGGUGUUCUUACCUAACAAACAAGUGGGCUCCAGGGAAUCCUAAGCCCCAGGCAAGCUGACCACUUUCCC